AUGCCAAUUGACCAAGAGAAACUAGCUAAGUUGCAGAAGCUUUCUGCCGCCAACAAGGUUGGUGGCACCCGCAGAAAGUUCGCUAAGAAGACCGGCUCUUCCGCUGGUGGUAACAAAGACGACACCAAAUUGCAGGCUCAGUUGGCUAAGUUGCGUGCCGUUACCGUCGACCAGGUUGAGGAGGCUAACUUCUUCAAGGAGGACGGCAAGGUCUUGCACUUCAGCAAGGUCGGUGUGCAGAACGCUCCUCAGCACAACACCUCUGUUUUCUACGGUAUCCCUCAGGAGAAGAGCUUGAACGAGCUGUUCCCAUCUAUCAUUCCUCAGCUUGGUGAGGAGUCCAUCAACGCUUUGACUCAGCUCGCUUCUCAAUUGCAGGGCGCUCAAGGCGCUCAGGGUGCCGCAGGCGCUACUGAAGGUGGCGAUGAGAAGGCUGACGCUGACAUUCCAGAGCUCACCGGCCAGGACUUCGAAGCCGACGUCGAAUAA